AUGUCUUCUACCGCUCCUAAGCAAGGUUCGGCCGCGGGAACCACUGAGGCCUCUAACGCAGCAGAGCCCCAGUACAUGUCGCUGAACCGUGUCGACGAAUACACUCCCAACAGCAUCGCUGCCGAUCUGUCGACUCGGAACCCACCUCCCGACCCAAGAAACCCCGAUCAAGAGAUCGCAAGCUUGGAAGUCGACAUGGCCAAGUACCGGAAUACAGCCCAAAACAUCCACCCUCCGUUCCCCUUAACUGGGACUGGGUCAAAGUUCAAGUGA